GCAGUUUACUCUCGUUACCCGUGUAACUGGGUCUGGCCAGGCGUGCACAGCCUAAGGCAAUAAACAUCUGGGUCUCUAGUGUACGAAUUACUUUUUCUUGUCCCACGCCAACAGACUGCUUUGUGUAUGUGUGUGUGAAAGAGAGUGAGUGCUAAGAUCAAAGCUGACGACCUCGUCAUACGGCCCGAAUCAACAAGGGUCUGGUCUAGCAUUCUGAUCACAUAUUAUUUCACAUAACGUACAGUUAGAAACUUUUUCAGUAUGGAGACCAAAAGUUCUGAAGGUUUACUAGGUUCAUCAGUAACACGUAAUUUCAGCCAAGUUAACAACAUGAAUCAAGAUGCAGCGUUGUUAGGUUUAGGGUUAGGAAUGGGCCUUUUGUCUGUUUUGGUGAUCCUCUUUGUUAUCAGGCGUGUUCGCCAACAAAAACGUCUAGCGAUGAAGUAUCGAGCCUCAUCUCGAGACAGCUUAGACCCUACUGAAUAUAUGAAAAUGCUGGCCUCGAUUGAUGGGAAGAUAGGCAUGAUGAAGAUUUUUGAAAAACGACAUCAGAUUCCGGAAAUUGCGUGUAACGACCUAGGCUACAUAGAUGAAGUGUUUGUGGACAUUAGAGAACUGGCUAAUGAGAAACAAAAAUUAGAAUCUAGUGAAAAUGAACAAACAAAAAACUAGAAUAUAGUGUAAAUGAUCAAACAAAAACUAGAAUCUGGUGAAAAUGAUCAAACAAAAACUAGAAUAUAGUGUAAAUGAUCAAACAAAAACUAGAAUCUGGUGAAAAUGAUCAAACAAAAACUAGAAUAUAGUGUAAAUGAUCAAACAAAAACUAGAAUAUAGUGUAAAUGAUCAAACAAAAACUAGAAUACUGGUGUAAAUGAUCAAACAAAAACUAGAAUCUGGUGUAAAUGAUCAAACAAAAACUAGAAUCUGGUGAAAAUGAUCAAACAAAAACUAGAAUAUAGUGAAAAUGAUCAAACAAAAUCCGUGAUUAAAAAAUCUUUUAAUCCGUGAGGUCGUUAUAAUGUGAUUGUCAAUCCCACUAUUCGUUGGCAAAGAGUUGGCGGUGGGUGGUGUUGAUUAACUACUUUUUCUCUAGUUUAUCGUUUCAAAAUUUGGGACAGCUAGCGUAGAUAGUCCUCGAGUAGCUUUGCUUGAAAUUUUAACAAACAAACAAAGAUUAAAUAAAGAGCCUUACAUCCAAAGGAAAUCUUAACAAACAAACAACAGAUAAAAUAAAAGAGCCUUACAUCCAAAGGAAAUCUUAACAAACAAACAACAGAUAAAAUAAAAGAGCCUUACAUCCAAAGGAAAUCUUAACAAAUAAAUAAUAGAUAAAAUAAAAGACCCUUACACCCAAAUGCAAUUUUAACAAACAAACAACAGAAAAAAUAAAAGAGCCUUACAUCCAAAGGAAAUCUUAACAAAUAAAUAAUAGAUAAAAUAAAAGACCCUUACACCCAAAGGAUCUCCGUGAAAACAUAAAUAUUCUUGUGAAACCGAUAUUAAAGUUUAUCAGCACGUGCUCUACCCGUUUUUUAUUUAUUUUAUCUUCACAAGAUAUCCAAAAAUAACAAAGUCUUCCAUUUUUACCUUUGAGCUUUCCAAUUACAUAUUUAGAUAAUCUUACACGACAACAGAUAACUUCAUCAAGGAAAAUAGUUUUGAGGGGUUCCUAUGUAAACGAUCUUAAUUUCGUAAGUCUGGACUGUAUUUUUUCCAAGACUUACUUGUGACUACAACCUUGAAUUGUUUCAUUUUCAUUACAAUUGUUCGGUAACAACAAUAUUGCUCGUACUGUAAAAUUAUUUUGAUAGAACAGUAGUGAUCAUAUUAUAAAAAUGACAGAAUAAAAACCAACAAUGUUGACUUGCAGUUCAAUCUUUCACGAUAAUCCUUUUAUUGUUGUUGUUGUUGUUAUACGGUGUUGGUCAUUUUGUAAAGUCAACAAUGCUGAUAGAUAACUUUAGUUUUAGCUUUCGGGAUAAUCUUAAUUUAAUAAUUAUAAAAAAAAUAGAUUUAAUAAGAUUACGUGUGUUUUAAAUUACCUUUUUUCUUAUAUACGUUUGACUGCCGUGCGGAAUUCACGUGCUUCACGGAUAAAUUAUUUUUCGAUAUGUGUGUGUGUGCGCGCGCGAGUUUUAAUUGUACUCUUUGAAUUUUGAGUUUUCAUGUUUCUAGAAAAUACUUCAAUAAAAAAAAAGUUCGAAAAUUGGACUAUCUUUUACACACGUUUUGUAUUGUACUUAUUA